AUGGCACCUAAAGAAACGUGCAUAUCAUUUCGAAGGACAAUUAUUAGUGAUGAUGGCUCUAAAGUCUCGUGCAAAGUUUACCAGUGCCCAUUCUGCCCUUACACUUCUAAUUAUCGAUGGUGCGUGAAACAGCAUAUGCGUGUGCACACUGGUGAAAAACCUUUUAAGUGCGAUGAUUGUGGUGCUGAUUUCAGUAAUCCAGAUUUAUAUUAUGUGUCAAAUGUGUUGUUAUUUAACAAGAAUGUAAAAGUAUUUAACUGCUGUGUAUGUGACUAUACUAGUAACAAAAUUUCAAACAUGAAGAAACAUGUCCUGGUUCAUACUGGAAUACGACCUUUUGAAUGUAAUUUCUGUUGUAAAGGUUUUCGACAGAAAAGUGAUUUGCAGCGUCAUAUGCUGACCCACGAGCCAAAACAAUGAGAUUUAUUGGAUUUACUAUGGGAUAAACUUUAUAUUGCACAAGCUUUUUUUAUUACUUUAUAUGUGAAAACAAUUUUUACAUUUUGUGUAUAAUGGAGUUACUACUAAAAUGAUUUUAAACUAGAUUACAUGAGUAAAAAGUUGGGGAACUGUUUUAAAUACAUCUUAUUACUGAAGGGUGAACCAUUCUGUUUUCACCUUGUAAAAUUAUGAUACAAUUACAUUGCUACUGGUUUAUAAAGGUUUUCCUGCCAA